CUGUAACGCUGGAUUCGACAUCGACCCAAGGGCUAAGGUGGUUCAUCCUCCUCCUUUUGUGAUUACUGGAAGGAAGUCUUUUGGGAUCAAUUUAAGAUUGCUUCAGAAAAAUCCAGCGAAGAACUAUAUUUUCAGGUCUCAUCCAGUUGUCGGUAAUUUCUUGCGAGGCUGGAAUUCUUUGUUUUGGUGUCUGAGGCCGUAAGAACAACAGUAAUUGAAUUAUUCCUACAAAAGAUUCGCUGUUGGAGUGAGAAUAAUUGUUGACGCAGCAAUUAAUCUAGUCUUAUCUUUUAACCUUUCGAUCUGAGGUUGGUUUGCUGUUUGAUGUGAGGCGGGAACUGUGUUGUUCGCUACAAGUUUCGAUCUCAAACUUUCUCAACUGUGGUUCGGCAAAGAAAUCCAUUUUCUGGUUUACCUGGUGAUAUAUAUUAUACGAUUUAGGGUUUUUGUUUGAGGAUUUGGGGCGGCUUCUGCAAUCUGAUUCGUGGCACAAACUAGUUUCUCCAGCGCCUGGCCUUUGUUUUAAGAAGGAAAGAUGAGUGCUCAAAAAAAAAGGAAUUUUCAGAUAGAAGCAUUCAAACAUCGGGUGGUGGUGGAUCCGAAGUACGCAGAGAAGACAUGGAAGAUAUUGGAGCAUGCAAUACAUGAGAUAUACAAUCACAACGCAAGUGGGCUGAGUUUUGAAGAGCUGUAUAGGAAUGCUUACAAUAUGGUGUUGCACAAAUUUGGAGACAAGCUGUACUCAGGACUUGUGACAACAAUGACUAUGCAUCUAAAAGAGAUAUCGAAAUCCAUAGAAGCUGCUCAGGGAGCUUUGUUUCUGGAAGAGCUGAAUAGGAAAUGGACAGACCAUAACAAGGCAUUGCAGAUGAUCCGAGACAUACUAAUGUAUAUGGACAGGACUUUCAUUCCCGUUACUCAUAAAACGCCUGUCCAUGAGCUGGGUUUGAACUUGUGGAGGGACAAUAUUAUCCACUUUAGCAAGAUCCAGACAAGGCUUCUCAAUACACUACUUGAACUUGUGCACAGAGAACGGACUGGUGAAGUUAUAAACCGGGGGUUGAUGAGGAAUAUAAUCAAGAUGCUUAUGGAUUUGGGUUCAUCUGUUUACCAAGAAGACUUCGAGAAGCCUUUCCUUGAGGUAUCUGCCAAUUUCUACAGUGUUGAGUCUCAGCAGUUCAUUGAAUGCUGUGAUUGUGGGGAUUACCUGAAGAAAGCUGAGAGACGUCUAAAUGAAGAGAUGGAGAGAGUCUCCCACUACUUGGAUGCAAAGAGUGAAGCCAAGAUAACUAAUGUGGUGGAGAGGGAGAUGAUUGCAAACCACAUGCAGAGGCUAGUCCAUAUGGAGAACUCAGGCUUGGUGAGCAUGCUAGUGGAUGAUAAGUAUGAAGACCUGGGAAGGAUGUACAACUUGUUCCGCCGGGUAACCGAUGGACUCUCUACAAUAAGAGAUGUGAUGACUGGUCAUAUUCGGGAAACUGGUAAGCAGUUGGUUACUGAUCCUGAGAGGUUAAGGGAUCCUGUGGACUUUGUCCAGCGGCUCUUGGAUGAAAAAGAUAAGCAUGAUAAGAUUAUCAGCUUGGCCUUCAACAAUGACAAGACAUUUCAGAAUGCUUUAAAUUCCUCCUUUGAGUACUUCAUUAAUUUGAACGCUCGGUCUCCGGAAUUUAUUUCCUUGUUUGUGGAUGAUAAGCUUCGUAAAGGCCUGAAAGGUGUCAGUGAAGAGGACGUAGAGAUUGUCCUGGACAAGGUGAUGAUGCUCUUCCGCUACCUGCAAGAAAAGGAUGUUUUUGAGAAGUACUACAAGCAACACUUGGCAAAGCGGCUUCUUUCAGGCAAAACUGUUUCGGAUGAUGCAGAGAGAAGUCUCAUAGUUAAGCUGAAGACAGAGUGUGGUUAUCAGUUCACUUCCAAAUUGGAAGGCAUGUUUACAGACAUGAAGACGUCUCAGGAUACAAUGCAAGGGUUCAAUGCUAGCCAGGCUGCUGAUACCGGGGACAGUCCUACACUAGCUGUCCAGGUCCUCACAACAGGGUCAUGGCCAACUCAACCAAGCUCUACGUGCAAUCUGCCAGCUGAGAUUCUGGGAGUGUGUGAAAAGUUCCGGGCGUAUUAUCUAGGAACGCAUACUGGACGGAGAUUGUCUUGGCAAACAAACAUGGGCACAGCUGAUCUGAAAGCAACCUUUGGGAAGGGGCAGAAGCAUGAGCUGAAUGUGUCCACAUACCAGAUGUGUAUACUCAUGCUGUUCAACAAUGCUGACUGCCUGAGCUACAAGGAGAUUGAACAGGCUACGGAGAUACCGGCCUCAGACUUGAAGAGGUGCUUGCAGUCAUUGGCCUGUGUAAAGGGGAAGAAUGUUCUUAGGAAGGAACCCAUGAGCAAGGAUAUUGCUGAGGAUGAUGCCUUUUUCUUCAAUGACAAGUUCACUAGCAAGUUUUACAAGGUGAAGAUAGGCACAGUGGUUGCACAGAAGGAGUCAGAGCCAGAAAAGCAAGAGACCCGGCAGAGAGUGGAGGAGGACCGGAAGCCCCAGAUUGAGGCUGCGAUUGUUAGGAUCAUGAAGUCAAGGAGGGUCCUGGAUCACAACAACAUUGUCGCUGAAGUCACAAAACAGUUGCAGUCACGGUUCCUGCCCAACCCUGUUGUAAUAAAGAAACGGAUCGAGUCCCUCAUUGAGCGUGAGUUCUUGGAGAGGGACAAAAUAGACAGGAAAUUGUAUCGGUAUCUUGCCUGAAAAAGAAUUUAGUGUGCUUGUCUCUUAGGGUCAAGGCCUUUUGCCUUGAGGUGGAAUUGUAUCGUUCAUUUGGUGAGAAUUGCUGCAAGCUAUGGCUUUCACCGAAUAUUUGUUUAUUGCCCUCUGCUGCAGGUUGUCCUUCUAUUCUUCAUUUUUUCUGCUUUAAAUCCCAGAAUCGAUCUUCUUUCUGAUAAAUUUAAAUGCUAUAGAGUUCUUGGAUUUUAAAAUAACUGUUAACUUGGGCAG